GGCUUUGAAGCUCAAAAGAAUCAACAUAUCGGCACUGGAGUAUCUUCUACAAUGUCUGACGAAGCCAACAGAACCGCAUUUCUGGAGAUUAAAGGUCGCAUGAUUGAAACUACUGGCAAAUUGAAGCAGGUGCAGAACCAGAUGCGAAAUAAAGAAGGGGAGAAGAAGCGUGCUUACUUAACCUUGGAGGAGCUGCGCCAAUUGCCUGAUGAUACAAAUACAUACAAAUCCAUAGGGAGAACGUUUGUUUUGGAGCCCAAGUCAGGUUUAAUGAAUGAACAAGAGCAGAAAUUUAAGGAUAGUGAAACUGCAAUUGCAGCAUUACAGGCCUCAAAGGAAUACAUAGAGAAGCAGAAGGCAGAGGUGGAAAACAACUUGACAGAGCUCUUACAGCAAGAUCCAGGUCUCGCACAACAGAUUAUGUCCAUGACUGUAAUGUAGGGUAUGUAGCUCUUAUGCUAAUGAAAAUUUCAGCAAUUAUUGUGUUUGAUUUUCCAUUAUGAACAAAAACUAGAAUGUGAUACAAUUUGGUUAUACUAUGGCUUUGUUGGUUUUUUA